UUCAUUCGAGUAUCUGAGUACGUGGAGAUCGGUUCGGUGGGCUUUACUGAAUUUAUGCAUUGCGGAUAAAACGGCGCAACAACAACGAUUUUUCUAAGACGUGAGGGUGUAGUAGGACGUGUACGAUAAGAAGCUAAAAGUUUAAAUAUAAAAAUUCGUAUUGGCGAAACGCGAGCAAACGAAGGGUGCUUAUUCGAAUAGUGCAAGUGUUGUUAAUACAUACAUACAUACAUACAUAUGUACAUAUCUAUAUACAAAUACAUAUAUUUGUGUUGUUGCAAAAGCAGCUGACGUGCAAAAUUCAAAAAGCAUUGAGUUUUAAUCAUAAAUAAAUAAAACAAAUAAGAAUUGCUAAAGUUUAAAGUGUGCGAUAAGCCCAACGCCGAGGCAAAAGCGAGAGUCAAAGGCAGUGAGCGAGCAGUCAGCUAAGCAGUAGCGUAUAAAAUUUAUCGAAAGCCAUACAAAUCAAGACGUUGACGGAAUAUUGUCGCCAACCGGUGCAAUACAUUAUCUUCCGACAAUACUAGAAAACAACAACAAAUCCGACAAGUGAAAACAAAGUACCAACUGCAGCAUUCACAGCAACAACAACAACAACAUAAUGGCGAGAAGUUUACGUCCCCUUAAAAUCACAAUAGUCGGCGACGGUAUGGUGGGCAAGACCUGCCUACUCAUCACAUACACACAGAACGAAUUCCCCGAAGAAUACAUACCCACAGUGUUCGAUAACCAUGCCUGCAACAUCACGGUCGAUGGCAAUGAAUACAGCCUGACACUCUGGGAUACAGCCGGGCAAGAGGACUACGAGCGCCUACGUCCGCUCAGUUAUCCGAAUACGAGUUGCUUCCUGCUUUGCUAUUCGAUAAGCAGUCGAACAUCUUUUGAGAAUAUCAAGAGCAAGUGGUGGCCGGAGAUACGGCAUUUCUCCAAUAAUGUGCCCGUUGUGCUGAUCGGCACCAAGUUGGAUUUGCGAGUACCCAAUUCGGAGAAAUUCGUGACGACAAGCGAGGGACGUCGCUUGCGCAAGGAAAUUCAUGCGCAUACGUUGGUGGAAUGUUCGGCCAAAAAGAAGGUCAAUCUGAAUCAAGUCUUCGAGGAGGCAGUGAGAGCCGUGGAGAAGAAACCGAGUGCUAAACCGAAACAAUGCACAUUGCUAUAGGCGGUGUCGCAAUGACGUUGGAGAACAAGUGAUAGAUGGCGUAGAAAUUGUAAAUCCAAUAGCAACAACAACAAUUAGUAAAACAAAAAUGCUUGUAAAUCAGAAAAACUCUAAUAAUAUAUUGUAUUUAUGCCUGAUACUACUUUUUUGUACGCCUAAAAGUCGACUAAUUUUUGGUGCAGCAAAGGCAGUAAUUUAAAAAUUAGUGUUGAAGCAGAGAACACAAAAAAUUUUAACUUUAAAAACAAUUGUUUUAUGUUCUCUGGCUGAAGUUGUUGGAAUACAGACGAGUUUGACAGAUUUAUGUAGUUAGUUGGGCGGGUUGAGAGAACUAUGAGUUCUUUCGCUUUGUUUUAUUAUUGUAUCAUCUUUAUUAAAUAUUGUAAUGUUGUAAAAAAGCAAAUAUACUAUUUUUACAUUUAGUGAUUUAAGCGCAAAACAUUGUAUACACCAAUAUACAAGCAUAUGUAUGUAUGUAUUUAUUAAUAAAAAUAAAAUAUUUAUCAAUGUAAAAUUAAUUGCGUGCCGAGCUUAGUCAAACUGACUGCACAGUUGGAUAACAUAAACAAGAAAUAAAAAAAAAACAUGAUAUAUAUAAAAAAUAAUUAAAGAAAAUGUAAAAAAAUAUAUAAAAUAAUAGUAACUAUCAAAAAUUUAAAUAAAUACAACGAAAUAAAUAAAUGCGAAUAAAUACGUGAAUAUGUCCAUGAAUCAGCUGUUAGUAGCAGUCAAUAUCAUACGCAAAAGUGAACUGCUUAAAGUAGCAAUUAAAUUAUGUCUGAAGAACUGUUCGGACAUGACUUAGGACAGCAAAAAUGUUUAUUAAUAAGACAACAUUUGAAUCUACGCCAAAAAUUGGUGAAUAAGCUAGCUCAAUUGUGUUAUAUUCACAAUAAUUGUCCGUGACCUUAAAGCAUUAUUGGUAACAUUUAUAACGACACGCAUAGCACAAGGUCUGAAACCUGUCUGAAACAAACAGCACAAAUAAUUCAAUGAGUUUUACUUGGUAAUAUUUUAAUAUGUCUAGAUAGAAUAACAAGAUGUGCGAGUAUUGGCCAUAAUCAUAUCUACAUAAUAUGUGAUUUACAAUUAUAUCACUAAAAUGAUUAAAUGAGUAUAAUAAUGUACCUAAAAUAAAUGUAUAAUACAAAAUAUAUUUAGUAAUUAAAUUUUCUUUUCAACAUUUUUAAGAUGCAAUAAACAUUUUUUAAACUAGUCAUUAA